UUCGCAGACUAUUCAGCGAUACUCUUGAUCAUUCGACGUACCUUUUAUGCUGUCGUAAGGCUGAAGUGGGGCCCCGACUUGGGUGGCCCGUGUGCUUGCGACGUGAACUGUCAAUCGCGACUUCCUAACUGCGACAAAUCCAAGACUCCCGCCUACACUCACCAACAACGCUCACCCCGCCACCACGUCCAAGCCGACUACCACCGCAAGAUGGCCGAUCACAUCCAGCGCACAAAAGACGAGAUAUGGCGUGUCAAGGGCCAACUUGCCAAGGAUGAGAGCGAUCGCAACGACUGGGCCGCCAUCCUUGCUGGACUCGUCGAUUCGAUGGCGACGGCGGAGAACAGCGAACAGCUGGCCGAGUUUGAGGGCAUGAAGGCUGAGGCGGAGACGACGAUACCAGCACUCGAUGCCAACAUCGCGAAACUCCAGCAACAGAUAGCUGCUCUUCAAGCCGAGCUGCCCUCAGUACCUCAGCCCGCCGCCCCCAAGUUCGACCCCGAGAAACAUCCGCUCCUUAGAAAGGCCAUAGAGAAGCAGGAGCCCGAGAAGGCUGUCGUUUUCACCACGGGUGACAUGUGUGAAGCGCAGUGGACCGACAAGGGCUGGUACAAGGCGAAGAUUCAGAGCAUCCUCGGGUCUGCCUCGGCGCCCAAGUACCUCGUGCGCUUCAUCGAGUACGACGACACCUUGACCGUCGACAGUCGCGCCGUGCGUCCCUUGCCCAGCAAGCGUAAGCGCGAGCCUGAGCCUGCAGUCGCCACGCAACCAGCGACACCAGUCACGUCCACUCCGCAUGUCAUCUCUGGCCCUGCCAGUGUCAAUCCCAACACUCAGCAGGCCCGGAACGACGCAGCCGAUGACGACCUCGCGCCCAAGCGACGCACCAAGAUACCGUCUCAGGGCCAACUGAAGAAGACCGUGGGCAGCUGGAAGGACUUUACGGCCAAGGGUGUCGGCAAGAAGAUCGCCAAACAUGAGUCCAUGUUCCGCACGAGCACAAAGGUUGGCAGCAAAGUCGGCUUUACGGGCUCUGGCAAGGGCAUGACCGAGACCCACAAACGCCAGCGAUACGAUCACAAGGCUGAUGCUGAAAACGACGAGGAGUACAACGACUCCACUCCGAAGGGUCGCAAGAACGAUGCAGCUCCUCAGAGUCGCAAGCGCUUGGGAUGAACGGGCAAUUGCUCGAAUACGAGCUUCAUGCACCCAGCAGCUUUCCGGUGUUCUGCUUCUGAAGGGCAAUCUACGCGUGGAUUGAAGAAACCAGGCUCUUGAAGCCUUGCCCAGUCUCAACGUUGCUGACCUAGUGCAGGUCCGCUACUCUCACACAUACACGAACCGUGAGCCACUGCAGAUUGGCGGUACCGCUUCUUAGGGAAUUGAGGCUGCGUCACGACAUAUGCAUCUUUUCGGCGUUCGAUACCCUAAUUUGUAUUCGAAGAAG